CACCUCAUGUCGACGGAUCUUUCCAAAUCGGAUUCGUCCCCGAGUGGUUCGGAUGAGACUACCUUAUCCGCCGAGGCCGCUUUUUACUUCACCUCUAAGCAAUAUGAAAAAUGCGGCUCCGUGACAAAGCAACUGUUAGAGUUGAAACCGAACGACCCGAAGGUCAUUAUGAACAAGGCGUUACUGGAUUUUGUACACAAACACAAUUUCACACACGCCGAUGACUAUGUAAGUGAACUGAAACGCAUCGCGUCAAUCGAGAACAUUCCACUCACAUGUUCGAGCUCUACCGGUCUGGAUGAAACGGGAAAAUCUAGCGGAACUGGAUUAGAUACCAGUGAUUCGGACGCUGCCGCCGUAUCCCCGUCCACAUCAGGUUUAUCUAAGUCUACUCUGCCACAAUCCAUGCUGGGUAUUGUGUUACAGUACAACUUUGCGCUCGUCUUGUUUUACCAACGACAGUAUUGUAAGGCUGAGCGUAUUUUGGCAAACUGUCUGGGGAUCAGUCGUGAGACCGGUUCGCUCGGUCCAGAGACACCGUGUUUUCAGGCCGUAUCCGGGAUCGAACUAACCCCAUCCACAGAUGUGACUCUGUCUCGUCGUGUCGUGUUGCUGUGGUUGGAAGUUCUGCUACGAUUACAACAUCCGGAGGAAGUAUACGACUUGUGUGGUGAGUUUGUGCUGCAGAACUGUAUUUUGUCAGAAACGGUCGGGUUUCCCAUCAAACGCCCCAAACCUCCUUCAAAAGUAAAUUUGCCUUUUCACGUCACGGAACUACGAACAGAUUUUUUUUAG